AUGGCCAAUAAAUGCAUUCUUUUAUUUGCAUUUGCAUUAUGCUGUGUUCGUGCUGACCAUCUGAUGUCUAAUGAUGCUUUAUCAGAUCUGAACGAUAUGUCUAAAGAUAUUACCAUAGAAUGUAAUAAUAAAGAAAUAAGUGUGACCAUUGAUACAAAGUCAAAAUCAUUCACUGGAAUAAUUUACCCAAAGGGUUUAUCAAAAAAUUCUAGUUGUAUGGCCGAAUUCAAUUAUGAAAAAAGCCCUGUAGUUUAUAAACUUCCAUUAAGAUCAUGUAAUACAAUGAGUACAUACCUAAAUGAUGGUUUAGUAGAAUACUUCAAUACAAUAGUUUUACAACCUCAUAGAAAAUUGGUGACAAAUCAGGGUAAAGGCUUUCAUAUUCGGUGUAAAUAUCAAACAAAUGAUCAGCUAUUAACUAAUGUGUUAAAUAUGAGCACAACUGAUGAAGCAGCAAUGAUUGAAACUGCCAAGAUGCCAACAUGUACAAUGAAAAUUUUUUCUGGAAAAACUGUAAAACAAGAUGUAGCAGAAAAUGUGAAAAUUGGAGAUCCCUUGACGAUGGUCAUAUCGAUAAAUAGUGAAGACAUUUUUGGAUUGUUUAUUACAGACUGUUUGGUUCGUGAUGGUUUGGGUUGGGGUGAUCAGCGUCUUAUUGAUCAAUCUGGAUGUUCAAUUGAAGAUGAUAUAAUGGGACAAUUCCAAUACAGUGCCAACAAAACAACAGCAGUAGUGAAUUUUCAAGCUCAUAAGUUUCCUUAUACUACCUCUGUAUAUUAUCAAUGUCACGUUCAUUUAUGUUUGAAAGCAAAUGGAGGCUGUGCAAAUACGCCACCAAAUUGUAGUAAUAGAAAACGUUUUCGGCGUGAAGACCAAACAAUUGAAGAUGAAAGUCCAGCUACAAUAGAAGUAUAUAGCGGUCUUUAUGUAAAUGAAGGAGUAGAUUCAGGUAAUCCUGAACAGAUGGAUCAAGUAGCACGAGAAAAAAUUUUGGAUGAUCCUUACAAUAUUUGCAUUUCUCAGCGUAAUUUUGCUAUAAGUAUUGCUAUAGCCGGACUUAUCCUUAUGCUUUUAACAGUAAUAACAGCUUUAAUAUUGUUGAUGAGAAGACACAAAAAGUCUGUUUCUUCAAGUGGAAGUUCAGUAUACAGCGGCCCUUACACAAAUACAGCAUUUAGUCACACUAGUUAA